AACAAUGUGACGCUUUGUUACGUUGUGUGUAGUUGUGUACAAAUUAUAAUAAAUUCUGCGAAAUUAAUGAAUUUAUAUUAAAUCGAUUACGGUCCAAUAGUUUUAAGUGUAAAGACUGUUACAUAAAAGAGAAGUAGGGACUUUAGUUUAACGGUGAAUUAUGCAGCUGCACCCGUAUUAUACGCUACGUAAAUAAACAAACAUUCUCCGGAGUCGUUCUGGAUGUGGACCCGAUGCUGUCGGGAGCGGACGAGGGCCCGGUGUACUACCGGGAGAUACAGAAAAACGCGUUCCUCAAACGCAUUCCCAAUGACGUCGCUACCAGCAAGCUGCGUCCGCUGGGGAAUAAGAAACCUCCCCUCAAACCGAUGUGGACUAUGUUCUGCGUGCACAACGGCCGGACCCCCUUCCUCGAACAGUACCCCGAGCCGGACUCGCCGGCGACGCUCGCGCACAGGCCCGCCUGGCGGGCGUGCCUGCGGUCCGCCAGGCACGUGACCGCCAGCGUGAAGCCCCACGCUGGCGACGAGUACGACUUCCUCGUGGACACCGACCACGGACCCGUCAGGAUGCUCGCGCCGGACUGGGACUCUAUGCAGGACUGGGUGACAAUUCUGCGUACCAAACUUCACGAGCUGCGGAUAGUGUCACGUGGUGAAAACGUUUACGGUGCCCCGCCAGUGGCGCCCGCGCCGCGAGCCGCAGCUCGGGACCCCACGUCGCCACUACCGCCCACGCCCCCCGUACCGCCCGACCGGGUACCCGGAAUAGAUUUAACUCCUAUCUCACGUCCGGCAAUAGAAGGUACACAAACCAUAGACAAUCCGACAACCACCAACACUACAACCACGUCAACCGCAACCAACCAAAUCACCGCAACCACUCAAGAAAACACAACAACCCCAAGAACGACAGCUAAUUCUUCAAACCCUAGUUUAAGAACCACAAGCAGCUUCACAACCAAUCUCAAUAUAACUGUAUCCACACCAAAUUUAACCACAUUUACAUCUACAACCGCAAAUUUAACAGCAUUAACGAACGCAACUUCGAAUUUAACAACAUUCACCAACACAACAGCAAGUUUAACAGGUUUUACGAACACAGGCACGAAUUUAACGGGUUUUACGAACUCAAGCACAAAUUUAACGGGCUUUACGAACUCGAGCACAAAUUUAACGGGUUUUACGAACUCGAGCACAAAUUUAACGGGUUUUACGAACUCAAGCACGAAUUUAACGGGUUUUGCGAGCGCAACCAACUCAGUUUCACUCACACCUAUAAAUACAUCUAGUGUUACCACAUUUGCGAACGCGAACGCAAAUUUAACCACAUUUACGAACGCAACCACGACUUUAACCAACGACCAGAGCGGCGAGGUGGAUAUAUCGAAUUGGGAGCCAUACUCUUUACCGAGUACAAGCAGAGAUAGCGAACCGAAGCAGAGCGUCGCGAAGAUAUGUGGCCAGAAUAUAUGCUUGGACGACUCUAUAUUGAAAAGGAACGUAACGGAUAGCGACGAGGAGUUUUUCGCCGAAAUCGAUAGAAUCCACGACUCCGCUGAGAAUAUUAGCGAGUUUGAGUUCAAGCAGCGGGUCGUUGUCAGCAAUGGGAAUGAAUGCGCUGAGAGUGAACAGAGCACACCCCAUAGAACGAAUAUAACCGUGAUCCAGGUCUCCAAUAAAGGCCCCCCGCACACCGCGAUACCAGUAUUGGGACCCGAAACCGAUGUAUUCGACUUUGAGUUCAAACAGAAGCUAACUGUCAGUCCAGAACAGAACAAAAACGACUUUAUUAACAUUGUCAAUACCGAAAACGAUAACAGAUACGGUACUGUUUUUGAUAAGACAACCUCAGAAUCGGAUUACGGUCACAUUAGUUUGACUACCACUGUCAGUUUGACAGGUGACGUCAAAGUGACAGAUGCCAAAGACGGGGUGUACGAGCGACUGUGUAUGGCGUCAACCUCAAACAAAACAUCGUCCCCUCUACCAUUGAGGAAUGUCAAAAUUAUGGAGAAGAUGCGAAAGUCGUCUCUGCCGAAUUUGGAUGUCGAGUCUGACUACGAGUAUUUGUUUCCUAAUUCUAGUCAAAAUAAUCGUAAUCUAUUAAACAGCAGUGAAGUUAACAGCAAUCUACAAAAUGGUAGAAAUUUGGAGGAAAUCCUACCAAACGGUAGAAACGGUAGGCUGAUACUACCGAGCAGUAGAACGAACCAGUCCAAUAGUAGAGAGAUAAUACCAAAUGGUAGAAACGCUCAAACGAAUCUACCAAAUAAUAGAGAGCUUGUACCAAAUGGAAGAAACGCUCAGACGAAUCUACCAAUUAGUAGAGAAAUUCUACCAAAUGGUAGAAACACACAUGGGAAUCCAGCAAACGGUAGAAAUGAUGCGAACGCUACCAAUAGUGAGUCUAGGGUUAACAUAUCUAAUAUAAGUGCAGAGUCUAUAGCUAGGACCAUAAGGUCGAAUGUCGAGAGGUCACACAGUCAAAACGCCUACGAUAUAGCUCCUAGGCAGAGACAGAGCGAUGUUAGAAGAGUACCAAAUAAUAGUCCCAAAAGAGAACCUAAAAUUGAAAAAUCCGACCCUCCACCCAAACCAAUAUGGCGGAGAGGUCUGACGGAGUUAUCACUCUUAAGCCGACUAAGAGGCAUAGGGCAGUCGAAGAGGCAAGAGAGUCCUACGAGACAAGAAUGCGACGAUAGGGGCGUGACGUCACCCGUGAAAGUGGUGCACAGGUCGCGGCCCGCUGGCAGGGUUGAUGGCACCCGCCGGAGAAGCAACUCUCUUACAAACAGUCAGUCGCCAUCAGUGCCGCCGAAUCCCGCGCUCCAGCCGUUACGAGCUAGGCAAGCGGCGGCACUGCGGGCCGAGCAACGCCGCGGGGCGUGCGCAGCAACCACCGUCCCUGUCAGGGACCCACCUUUGCUGAUCGACUAUGAGAGACAAGUUUGGGUGGCGCGCUGGGGUAUGGGAGGUUCGCGCGGUGGCGGGCGCGCGGGCGACCGAGUUUCCGGGCUGGCGGGCACGCAGCCGUGCUCCGCGACGCACGCGAGACACUUGCUCAAGACAGCUCACACGCCCAUUAUAGAUGUAUUGUUUCACCGGGUGCCGCUCGGAAAAAUCUAUGUGAUUAAUAAAAUAGACCAAGAGAAUUUAGGUAUAAAACUAGAUAAUGAAUGUACGAUAGUUUCUGUGGACGGACAGUCUCCGGCGGGCAAGGCCGGUCUACCUCCGGCGGGCAAGUGGGCAGUCACCGAGGUCAACAACCGACCCAUCAACCUUCUCAAGGGCGGCGAGGAUGAAAUGAACCGAAUGGCUAUGCAUGGAUCAGAAGUAUCGAUUCUCAUACAGCCAGCUCCUUUAGUGAAGAAAAUACGUGCUGCUAUCAAAGGAAAUAAGCCCUUAUUGGCUAUAAGAUAGAGUUCACGAUUGUUGACACUAGUUUGCGGAGUUCUUUAUACGAGGAAAUGUUCUUAAUAUAAAUAUUUGUCUAUGCAUUUCCCUCGUGGGAAAUGUCUCUUUAAUAAAAAUGCCUGUAUCGCUCAAAUUAAAUUGACGUCUCCGAAAACGAAAGUUUUUUUUGAGUAUUUUGUUUUGAUCAGUCAAUUUAGUUUAAACUUUAUAUACAAACAAUUAAACUGCUUAGAAUAACGAAGGCAGCUAUCAUUAUUUACGAAUUACGAUGUUUUAAUUGAAAAUAAUUAUUUUAUGUGUCAAUCUUUAAUUCAGUCCUAUCUACA